ACACGGGGUCCCGCCCAAGCUGAUUCGUGUCUGCCGUCGGCCGGUGCGUGCGUGCGCCUCGUCGGUCCGCGUGUGUCUGGCCGAGCGCCCCCUUCCUCUGCGGCCAUGACUCCGCCGCCUCCCCAGCCACCGCCCCCGGACUCGAACCCCGCCUCAGACUCCGCCACCGACCCCCGCCCCGGGCCUGGACCCCUGGUCGUACUGUUCGGAGCCACGGCCGGUGCGAUGGGGCCGGACCUGGGCUCCGACGAGACCGACUUAAUUCUCCUAGUCUGGCAAGUGGUGGAGCCGCUGAGCCGUCAGGUGGGGACGUUGCACAAGUCAUUGGUUCGCGCUGAGGCGGCCGCACUGAGCCCGCAGUGCCGCGAGGCGAGCGGCCUGAGUGCCGACAGCUUGGCGCGGGCCGAGCCUCUGGACAAGGUGCUGCAGCAGUUCUCACAGCUGGUGAGCGGGGAUGUGGCUCUGCUGGGCGGGGGCCCCUACAUGCUAUGCACUGAUGGGCAGCAGCUGCUGCGACAGGUCCUGCACCCUGAGGCCUCCAGGAAGAACCUGGUGCUCCCCGACACCUUCUUCUCCUUCUACGACCUCCGCAGAGAAUUCCAUGUGCAGCACCCGAGCGUCCGCCCUGCCAGGGAGCUCACCGUGGCCACCAUGGCGCAGGAUUUGGGGCUGGAGACAGAUGCCACAGAGGAUGACUUUGGGGUCUGGGAAGUGAAGACAAUGGUAGCUGUCAUCCUCCAUCUGCUCGAAGGGCCCAGUGGUCAAUUGUUUUCGAAGGCAGAGGUGGUAAAGCAGAAAUAUGAGACAGGUCCUUGCUCUGACUCCGUGCCCUGCCCCCACAGCAGCAAGGCCGAUGUGGUGGACAGUGAGACUGUAGUUCGGGCCCGUGGGUUGCCCUGGCAGUCAUCUGACCAGGACGUGGCUCGAUUCUUCAAAGGACUCAACAUUGCCCGGGGUGGUGUAGCGCUCUGCCUCAACGCCCAGGGCCGCAGAAAUGGCGAGGCCCUCAUCCGCUUUGUGGACAGCGAGCAGCGGGACCUAGCGCUGCAGAGACACAAACACCACAUGGGUGUCCGCUAUAUUGAGGUAUAUAAAGCAACAGGAGAGGAGUUUGUCAAGAUUGCAGGGGGCACAUCACUAGAGGUGGCUCGUUUCCUGUCACGGGAAGACCAAGUGAUUCUGCGGCUACGGGGACUACCCUUCUCGGCUGGGCCGGCAGACGUGCUAGGCUUUCUGGGGCCAGAGUGCCCGGUGACUGGGGGUGCUGAUGGGCUGCUCUUUGUGCGCCACCCUGACGGCCGGCCCACUGGUGAUGCCUUUGCCCUCUUUGCCUGCGAGGAGCUGGCACAGGCUGCACUGCGCAGGCACAAGGGCAUACUGGGUAAGCGAUACAUUGAACUCUUCAGGAGCACUGCGGCCGAGGUGCAGCAGGUCCUGAACCGCUAUGCAUCCAGCCCACUCCUUCCCACACUCACGGCUCCACUGCUGCCUAUCCCCUUCCCACUGGCAGCUGGGACUGGGAGAGAUUGUGUACGCCUUCGAGGCCUGCCCUACACAGCCACCAUUGAAGACAUCCUUAGCUUUCUGGGGGAGGCAGCUGCUGACAUCCGGCCCCACGGCGUGCACAUGGUGCUCAAUCAGCAGGGCCGGCCGUCGGGUGAUGCUUUUAUCCAGAUGACAUCGGCAGAGCGGGCCUUAGCUGCUGCUCAGCGUUGCCAUAAGAAAGUGAUGAAGGAACGCUACGUGGAAGUGGUCCCCUGCUCCACAGAGGAGAUGAGCCGUGUGCUGAUGGGGGGCACCUUGGGCCGUAGUGGCAUGUCCCCUCCACCCUGCAAGCUGCCCUGCCUCUCACCACCCACCUACGCCACCUUCCAGGCCACCCCAACACUCAUUCCCACUGAGACGGCAGCUCUGUAUCCCUCUUCAGCGCUGCUCCCGGCUGCCAGGGUGCCUGCUGCCCCCACCCCUGUUGCCUACUACCCAGGGCCACCCACUCAACUCUACAUGAACUACACAGCUUACUACCCCAGCCCUCCCGUUUCCCCCACCACCGUGGGCUACCUCACCACACCCUCUGCUGCCCUGGCCUCUGCUUCCACCUCAGUGUUGUCCCAGCCAGGAGCCCUGGUCCGUAUGCAGGGUGUCCCAUAUACUGCUGGUAUGAAGGAUCUGCUCAGCAUCUUCCAGGCUUAUCAGUUAGCCCCUGAUGACUACACCAGUUUGAUGCCUGUUAGUGACCCGUCUCGGACUGUGCUACAGGCCCCCAAAGAGUGGGUGUGUUUGUAGGUGAGGGAGCCAGGAGGUAAGAGCUGGCUAACGUCGAACAUGACUCUCUUGCAUCCAGAAAACCAGCACCCUUGACCAGGUGGCUUCUUUCUGGCUUGUCAAAGCUCUCAGAAAGCACCUAGAGGAGCUCAAGCCCCAGCUCCAUUUCCCAGUUAUUGCCCUGCCUGUUCACCCCAAAGAUGAUGGCUGGACCCUGCACGCAGGACUGGGGGUUGAAACAUGUCUCCUUGCUCCCAACGGUCUGAUCUGGGCCUCCUGAGUAGCACCGAGCGCCACACUGAGAGUUGUGGCUAUGGCCCGUGCCUUCAGAUUCUGUGGGGCGGAUGUCCACAGCAGGCCUACUUUCUUUUUAAAAAUGUAAGCCCUGGUGCCUUCAAUGUAUGACUCCUGGGAGCUUUUGAGUAAAGAUCCCAAUGUUCUACCUUCCCCUAUCCCUCCUGGUAGGGACAGGGAGGCAGAGAGUGCUGGCCCCAGCCCCCAAGAUACUUGGACCUCAGUGGCCACGUUUGUACCAGGUGGUACCAUCUAAGGAUGCUAGCUCCCCUCCAGCUUGACACAAGGAGUAUCAGGUGGCAAAAUCACAAGCUGUUUUGAUGGACUAUACUGCAGUAUCCCCAAAGGACACUAGGGGGCAGGAGGCCCUCACACAAAAAAUCCGGCUCGAAUUUUAAAGGGGACUUUCUGCCCACUUUUCACACACAUUUGGGCAGGCCAGUUGUCCUGAACUCAGCAGACACCGUGGAAUGUCCUCUGCACCCAUUAGAGGGUACAGAACUGAUGAUUCAGGAGGAAUUUUGGAACUCUACUCACUCCUCCGUAAAAUAAACAAAGGUUCUAACCAAGUG